GAGGACUUUCGUUGGACUCCCGCAGGACUCGAAAGCUCCACAGAAGUCCCACGGGAGUCUUCAGGAGUCCUGAGAAAUCCCUUGAAAGUCCCACCUGACUCCUAGGAAAGUUCCUCCUGAUCCUGCAGGACCUCGUGACAGGAGUCCCGUGGGAGUUUUGCCGGGAGUCUCGACUAGGGGCGGUAUUUCACAGUGUUUAAUAUUUUGGCUAUAAUACCGUCAUUUCUCAAUGAAAUCCAAAAUGAUCAGCGGAAAAAGCUCUGCAAAGUCAAAUAAAAUGAAAAGUUUUCUGAAUAUUUUGCGUUUUUUUGUGGUUGACUGCAUAUGAAAGUAUCCUAUAAUAAUACCAUUUUGUCUUUUUUUAUGUCAUUUUUUUCUUAGAACUGAACUUUAUUUUUUUUUAUAUUCAGGCGUUUUUCGUAUUAAACAGAUGUAUAGAUAUAUAUAGUACUCGACCUCUACUAUACAGGUAUAUAAUCAAAUUAAAUUAAUGUUGUGUAGUUAUAAUACACGACUCAAAACCAAAAAGUGGUGCGAGACUUUUGACGUGCACUGCAGUCCAACUAAAUAUCAAUAGUGGCAUUGUUAGAUAUGUAAUCGAAUGACUAAUCUUUUUUUUCUUUAUUUACUUCAAACAAGAGAGUAAAUAUCUUUUCGUUUCAGGUCUUCGUUUGGCGUCAAUUAUCAUACCAUUAUUUAUUUCUGUUUUACCAUCAAAUAUUGAUGAUAAAUCUUCUACUAAUAAUAAAGAUUUAAUAUCUUACUCUCUCGAACGUAUUCAGUGUCUUGUUCCGCUCUAUUCAAAUGAAUUUCGUCAAAUUUUACAAGUAAUUCCUGAGUUACGUACAAAACUAGAGUCUUCCAUCAAACGUCAACAACAACAAAAACAAGAGAAUGAAACGAAUCAACAACAACGUUCAACAGCACUAAAUGGUGGAACAGGUACACAAUAUGGACAUAUUCAACUAGCACCCACUAUUCAACUACGUAUUGAUUUUUCAAAUUUUAAAUCUUAA